GAGUUACUUUCAACUAACUGUUGGGACGCAGCUCGGACUACACAGAACAAACUCUCUUCAUAAAUUUUGUGACAUUGUAAUACAGUUUGUGGACAUACUCUUGUGCAGUCGGAGGUAAUUAGACCAACUUCAGAGCGGACGAAAACCUGAAGAAAGUUUAACACACGCCGAGGCGGUGAAUCACGUUUUCCAUGAAGAUGUACAAUGAAUAAUCGACUUUCAUAAAGCAGGUUUUAUCGAAACAAUUAAGCGCGACGUCUUAACGUUUCUUCAUUUGUAGGAAGGCUUCUCACAACGUUCUUUGGUGGCGUUUUAAUAGUUUAAUCGAUGCUCUUAUCAUUUUAGUCGUUUAAUCGAUUAGUACCGACGUUUUAAUGUUAAUAAACUGAUAAUAAAAACCGAGAGACUUGUAUUCGCCAUGUAGCGUGUUUCCUCGGCUGUGCUGGGAGAUGUGGAUUUGUGUCGUGGGAGGAAUGUGAGUGGAAGUGUCGCUCAUGGAGCUUCAGGUGGUGUGCGGAUUGCUCUACUGCUGUCUGCUGCCCAUCUUUUUACUGGCAGCCUGCAUCUUUCGCUACAAUGCCCUGUCGUUAGUCUAUCUUCUGUACCUGCUGCUAUUACCGUGGUUUCAGUGGCCCAACAAGCACACACUACGAGGACACACUGGAUGUUACAUCAAGGCGCUCUUUAGCACCAGUCUGAUUUUCAUCUUGGGACAUGUUACCUUUCAGAUCUGCCUGUAUACCCUCCCAAGCCUUGAUGAUGCACUGGGACACAACUGCAGCUCAUGGGAGACGCUAUCAAGACAUGUUGGAGUGUCCAGGCUCCCGCUGGAAGAGCCUCAGGGUGUGCUGUGGCUCCUGACUCCAGAUUUGGGCGUCUUCGUCAUCUCCCUGAUCACCCUUAUCCUGUGUAGCCGUCUGUUGAAGAAGAGAGAUGAAGGCUCCGUUCCUCACAUGUCUGCUCUUCUGCAUGAGGCGGAUGAAACAGAAGACGAUGAGGAUGGAGAAGGAGAAGAUGAAGGGAUGUUGUCCUGUAGUGAGACUGAGGAUGAGGAGAGUCCUUCCUCUAGCAGUGCGGCACAGUUGGCUGCUCGUCUGCGAGCCACAGCACAGCGCUUUCUCAGGAACAUGGGCCGCAUCCUGGCUGUAACACUACUAGCACUAGCUGGAAUCACUUUACCUUCUGCGUUCUCUGCCUUCUACUUCCUCCUCUUCAUCGGAGUGUGCACAUGGUGGGCUUGUCACUUUCCCAUCAGCCAUCUGGGCUUCAAUGCCCUGUGCGUGAUGGUGGCCUUUUUCACUGGUGGACACCUGGUGUGUCUUUACCUGUAUCAGAGUUCAUUCGCACAGGCCAUGUUCUCUCCAGCGGGCCUGUGGGCCAGACUCUUUGGCCUGAAGGAUAUAAUAACACCAGGAAAUUGUACCACUUUUGACGUCACCCUCAACACACAGCAUGACUGGCCAGUGUACGUCAAUCCCGGCAUUCUUCUGCUCCUCUACAUCUCUGUGACCAUUGUUCUGAAAAUCAACAGCAACAGUCUAGGAGACGCAGACAAGGCCCAUGAGGGUGAAGCGGUGAAGGUAAUGCAGGGUGAAGCUGGAGAAGAAGUGGAGCUCAGUUUGUGGGAGGCAAGGAGACUAAGCAGUGAAGAUGACACUAAGCAAACUCUUCUCACUACAGUAGAUUCAACUCUAUCUGAAUCACACAUCACUAAAGAGCCUGUGAUUAACGGUUCAAGCCAACAUGACAUAGGGCCCAGUGGAGAGACUGCGGUUGAUAAUCCUCUUCGUUUGGUGGGGCGAAUGAUCUUGCAACAGAGCUACAUAUGUGCUCUCAUUGCCAUGAUGGUGUGGAGUAUAACGUAUCACAGCUGGCUGACAUUUGUGCUGCUGCUGUGGUCUUGUGUGAUCUGGAUGCUGAGGACACGUCAACGCUUUGCUGCUUAUUGCUCUCCCUUCAUCCUGCUGUACGGUUUGGCUCUGUGCUGCUUGCAGUAUGUGUGGGCCAUGGACCUGGAGACAGAACUGCCCCAUCAUAUCGGCACCAUGAGCCUGCACCAGCUAGGCCUGGACCGAGCACAAUACCCCUGUUUACGCUUGGGUGCCCUGCUGCUGUUCACAUUGACUUUCUGGCUUCUGCUGAGGCAGUCAGUGAAGGAUACAUUCAGCAGGAAGAAGAGUUUGACUGCGCCAUUGCAGGAGGUCACAACCGGAGAGAGCGCAGGGCGAAAUGAAUCGAUUCUGAAGGUGUUUGGUGGGCUGGUGAUGAGCCUAUAUGCUAAAUACUGGAUCUACGUGUGUGGAGGAAUGUUCAUCAUGGUCAGCUUUGCAGGAAAGCUUGUGGCCUACAAGAUCGUCUACAUGCUGCUGUUUCUGCUCUGCAUGUGUCUCUACCAGGUCUACUACUCUCUCUGGAGGAGGCUGCUGAAGGCUUUCUGGUGGAUGGUGGUGGCCUACACUAUGGUCGUGCUCAUUGCGAUUUACACCUUCCAGUUCGAGGACUUUCCAGGCUAUUGGGGAAACUUCACUGGAUUCACAGAACAACAGUUGGCAGACAUGGGACUGGAGACGUUUAAACUGUCUGAACUCUUCACCAGUAUUGUGAUCCCGGGCUUCUUCCUGUUGGCCUGCAUAUUGCAGCUGCACUACUUCCAUAAACCCUUCAUGAAGAUCACAGACCUGGAGAACGUCUCUCCCAUCCACAGGAAGAGAGGUAUAGAUAAUCCAGAUUUGGUUCAAUCCACAGAAGAAGUGAGGCCUGAGCAGGAAGACCUGAUCGUGGAUCAGGAUGAUGAUCCAUCAGAGGCUGACGAGGCGAUACCCACCAAGUGGGGUCUAGUGAUGGAUAGGCUGAUGGUGUUGUCCAGGAAGUUCUCUGACACCUUGACCCACAUCCAGAGUUUCAUUUGGAGAGUCCUGGAGCUGCACAUUGUCAAAAUUGUGGCCUUUUUUGUCGUUUGGGUGGCGCUUUUGGAGCCGUCUGCAAUGAACCUGGUGCUGGUGGUGCUGUGGACUUUCGCAAUGCCGUACGGCCGCUUCAGAGCCAUGGCCUCCUGUCUGUCCACCAUCUGGGUUUGUGUCAUCAUUGUCUGCAAGAUGCUGUAUCAGCUCAGUGUGGUCAACCCGGCGGAGUACUCCAACAACUGCACAGUGCCAAUGGUCAAUGAGACCAGUCUAGAACCAGAUGAAGUGCUGAACUCCACCCUGUAUAGAGCAUCUGUGGAUCCUGCCGGCUGGUUUGGUGUUAGGAAAGACGACACGGUCCUUGGUUACGUCAAGGAUCAUCUGCUGGUGCUGAUGCUGCUGGUGUUUGAGGCAACUGUGUACCGGCACCAGGUUCAUCACUACAGACAGCUGCAGCGCUCACCUCCUCCAAUCCCAGUCAUCUUCCCGCAGGCCACUCGUGACACGCUGGACCAGGGUCUGCUCUACUGCAUCAAAUACAUGCUCAACUACAGCUUCUACAAGUUUGGCCUUGAAAUCUGCUUCCUCAUGACUGUGAAUGUUAUCGGUCAGCGCAUGAAUUUCCUGGUUAUUAUCCACGGCUGUUGGUUGGUGGCCAUUAUGGUGCGGCGACGCAGAGCAAACAUAGCCAAGAUCUGGUCAAAGUACUGCCUGUUUCUGGUUGUCUUCAUGAUAUACCAGUAUGUUCUGUGUGUGGGUAUCCCUCCUGCCCUCUGUAUAGAUUACCCAUGGAGAUGGAGAUCCACUGUAACUAUCCACUCGGCUCUGGUUAAAUGGAUGUACUUGCCUGACUUCUACACCGUCCCCAACUCUAAGAACCUCAUAUCGGACUUCCUUCUGCUGAUGUGUGCCUCUCAGCAGUGGACGGUGUUUGAAAAUGAGAAAAAGGAAGAGUGGAUGGUCAUGGGAGGAGAAAACCGAGACAAUCCAGACCCCAUGGAGAACAUGCUAUUCAAUCCAGCCCCAAACUUCAUCAACUGCAGGUCGUAUCUGGACAUGGCGAAGAUCCUGGUGUUCCGCUACAUGUUCUGGUUUGUGCUGUCUGUGGUUUUUGUGACCGGAGCGACUCGGAUCAGCGUGUUCGGCUUAGGUUAUCUGAUGGCCUGCUUCUUCUUCCUGCUGUUUGGCACAAAGCUGCUGACCAAGACCUCGCGCACACGGCUGGUCAUGUGGGACUGUCUCAUCAUCUACAACGUGGCUGUGAUCAUCUCUAAAAACAUCUUGUCUAUAUUGGCCUGUGUGUUUGUGGUGGAGAUGCAGAAGAACUUUUGCUGGGUCAUUCAGCUCUUCAGUCUGGUCUGCACAGUCAAAGGCUACUAUGACCCUGAAUCAGUGUGUGAUAAAGAUUGCUCUCUGCCUGUGGAAGAGGCUGGCAUUAUCUGGGACAGUAUCUGUUUCUUCUUCCUCCUGUUGCAGAGGAGAGUCUUCCUCAGUUUCUACUUCCUUCAUGUGUCUGCAGAUCUUCAGGCCUCAGCGAGACAGGCCUCUCGGGGUUUCGAGCUCUUCCGGGCCAGCAUUAUAAAAAACAUGCAUUUCCAUCAGCAGGCAGAGAGGAAGUCAAUUCAACAGCUGAAAGAAUCAAUGAAACGCAUACGUGGCAAACAACAGAAGUAUAAAGACGGACGUAUAACUUCUGAUAUAGAGGAGCAGCCCUCAGACCCUAAAGAACUGAAGAAGGAGAAACAGCUAUCUAAGUCUAAAAGCUGGCAGUAUCCCUGGGUGGAUCAUGCGACUGUGUUGCAUUCUGGGGAAUACUAUAUGUUCGAGUCUGACAGCGGAGAGGAGGACGAAACCUUUCAGGAAGAACAGAAACCUCGCAGACAGACUGCCUUUCAGCUGGCGUAUCAGGCUUGGGUCACCAGUGCAAAAGAUGCCCUGAAAGAGCGUCAGCAGAGAAAGCAGAGAGCAGAAGCAGAGAAACAACAAAAUGCUCAGGCUACAGACGACGCUGAGGAGGGUGAAACAGUUUUUGAUGAGGAAAAUUCCCAGCAUGCGGAGGAGAUGCAGGAGGAAGGAGAGGAUGUGGCUUCUCGAGCCACCGGCAGUGAUAUGGUGCAGAGGAUUCUGGACAUACUGAAGUUCCUCUGGGUGCUUUUCCUGGCCAUGGUGGAUGGAUUCACCAUGUGGCUCAACCUUCUCACCAAGCAGUAUGUUGACACCUCCAUGGUCCUCAGUGAGGAGCGUUAUCUGUUUAUUCACAACGUCAGCCAGAGAGCCUCAAGAGAGAACAUGGAUGAUCAGCUUUCACAGGACAGUGAGGAUCUGACUCUGGAGACCUGUCUCGAUGAAACCGACACUGACAACAUUCGCGACAAUGUGGUGGAAUCUGAGACUCUGGGUGGUUUUGCGAAGGCCCGUGACUUUAGCAGCACAACUCUGUCAUCUGAACUCACACUCGAGCUUGACUGUGAACCGUUUUACAGCCAGCAAACACACCGGCCUCACCGCUCCAGAACCGCCAGUGAACUGCUGUCAGAAAGGCCGUUCAGUGUGGACGAGUUGAUCCAGAGUCGUGAGUUCUACUCAUCUCAGAACCGACUGCUGAAGCUGCUCUUUGCUCUCUAUAAUGUCUUGGCGGCUCACUCUGAACUGGUGUGUUAUUUCAUUAUUGUGCUCAAUAACCUGGUGACCGCCUCUGUCAUCUCCCUGGUGCUGCCAGUUUUGGUCUUCCUGUGGGCAAUGCUGUCUGUGCCACGACCUUCCAAGAGGUUCUGGAUGACGGCCAUCAUCUAUACAGAGGUAAUGGUGGUGGUGAAGUAUCUCUUUCAGUUCGGCUUUUUCCCAUGGAAUACUGAGUAUGAGCUGAAGCUGAAUCAGGACAAGCCCUUCUUCCCUCCACGCAUCCUGGGCCUGGAGAAAACAGACAACUAUAUCCGAUAUGAUCUGCUUCAGCUGCUGGUGCUCUUCUUUCACCGCUCACUUCUCCAGCGUUAUGGUCUCUGGGACCAAGAGGGCCCUCUGGAAGAGAAGAGUGAUCUUUCACCUGCGGAGAAUAGCAAGAAUGAAAACGAUGAGAAGAAAUUUCAGCACUCAGAUGAAGAGGACAGUGGAGCACAGCCAGAGCCCAACACUGAGGUGCUGUCACUGACACCGUCAGCAGAAACACCAACUGAUGCUGAAAUACAGACUGACCCAGAGCCCAGCACAAACACCACAGAAACCGCAGAUACAGUCCAGAAGGAUGGGAAGAAAAAGAGUAACUUCCUUCGCUUCCGCAAGAAAAAAAAAGCAAAAUCAGAUGCUGUUCAGAAAGAGCCCAAGAAGAAGAAGAAGUGCAAGACCAAACACAGCAAGGAGACCAGUAAAAAACUACUCGAUGCUAUUGGAGGGAAAUUCAAAAGCCUUUUCUUGUCCGUAGUGAAGAAUGUGUACAGGCCAACCUGUGAUUUCUUCCAGAACAUACUGCAUGCGGAGUACAGGGCCUCAACUGAUGUCUAUGCUCUUAUGUUCCUCACUGACGUAGUGGAUUUUAUCAUCAUCAUCUUUGGUUUCUGGGCUUUUGGGAAACACUCGGCAGCAGCAGAUAUAGCCUCCUCUCUGUCCGAGGACCAGGUCCCUGAGGCAUUUCUGGUCAUGCUGCUCAUUCAGUUCAGCACCAUGAUCAUCGAUCGAGCACUAUAUCUGCGGAAGAGCAUUUUGGGAAAGCUCAUCUUCCAGGUUAUCCUGGUUUUUGGCAUCCACCUUUGGAUGUUUUUUAUCCUUCCUGCUGUCACUGAGAGGAUGUUCAAUCAUAACUCGGUGGCUCAGCUCUGGUAUUUCUUCAAGUGCAUCUACUUCACUUUGUCGGCGUAUCAGAUCCGUUGUGGAUACCCUACAAGAAUCCUUGGAAACUUCCUCACUAAGAAAUUCAAUCAUCUUAACUUGUUCCUCUUCCAAGGAUUCCGUCUGGUUCCGUUUUUAGUUGAGCUUCGAGCUGUGAUGGACUGGGUUUGGACAGAUACCACACUGUCUCUCUCUAACUGGAUGUGUGUGGAGGACAUCUAUGCUAACAUCUUCAUCAUCAAGUGUAGCCGGGAAACAGAAAAAAAAUAUCCCCAACCAAAAGGGCAGAAGAAAAAGAGGAUAGUCAAGUAUGGGAUGGGCGGCCUCAUCAUCCUCUUCCUCAUUUGCAUCAUUUGGUUCCCGCUGCUCUUCAUCUCCCUUGUUAAAUCUGUAGUCGGUGUGGUUAAUCAUCCUGUUGAUGUCACGGUCACGGUUAAGCUCGGAGGUUAUGAGCCUUUAUUUACAAUGAGUGUGCAGCAGCAGUCCAUCCAGCCCUUCAGCGAGAGCCGCUACAAUCAACUCAACAAUCAGUUUGGCAAAAAUGCUGUGGCCAUGCAGUUUAUCACCAUGUAUAGCUAUGAAGACAUAGUGACGGCCAACAUUGAGGGAAGCUCUGGGUCUGUGUGGCGGAUCAGUCCACCCAGCAGACAGGAACUCAUAAAGGAGCUGCUCAGCAGCACUGGAGACAUGACCCUCCGUCUGGACUGGAACUUCCAGAGGGAUCUGGGGAAGGGAGGAACUGUGGAAAACACUUUCGACAAGCACUCCAUCAGUUUAGCACCGAAGAACCCAGUCCGAGCAGACCUGGCCUCGCUGCUGUUGGGCACCCGGAAGGAUCCUGUGCAUGUGCCGCAUAUGUUUCCUAACUACAUCAGAGCACCCAGUGGAGCUGAAGCUAAACCUGUCAUGCAGCUGUUUGAUGGAGACGAGGAGGGCUUUCAGGAUGUGACAGUGUCUCUGAUGAGAGAAGCCUCUGUAAACACCACUGGAGCUCAGGAAUGGUGGGACAUCAGUAUUGCAGACUGCAAAGAAUCAUGUAACGUCCUGCCGAUGAUCAUCUUUAAUGAUAAAGUCAGUCCUCCGAGUCUGGGCUUCCUCGCAGGAUACGGGAUCAUGGGUCUGUACGUGUCUGUGGUUCUGGUGAUUGGCAAGUUUGUGCGAGGUUUUUUCAGCGAGAUUUCUCACUCCAUCAUGUUUGAGGAGCUGCCCUGCGCCGACCGAAUCCUUAAACUCUGCAUGGACAUCUUCCUGGUGCGGGAAACCGGAGAACUGGAGCUGGAGGAAGAGCUCUACUCUAAACUCAUCUUCCUCUAUCGCUCUCCAGAGACCAUGAUCAAGUGGACAAGAGAGAAGAAUCACAACUGAAAGGCUUUAACUGUUGGUGACGUUGUAUAUUCAGUGUCGUGUGAACAGCCGAUCUAUAGCCAUUUCUCCAGCGCUGUGAAGCUGCAUUGAUGGACGCUGUUGGCUUCUUUGCACUCAGAGGGUGGAUCACGGAGGUCAAGCUUCGCCUCUGUUUUGGUUUCCGAUGUGAUGGAUUCACACACACAAACGCCAUCAGGACCUGAAGACUUUAAAGUAACCGCUGGACACACAGAGUGGCAGGACCUUCAAACUCCAAAACACUAGUAGAGCAAGUCGAACAAAACCAUUUCUGGGUCAGAUUUCAUCCAUAUUCUAGUUAUUGAUGCUUAUUACCAACACACUAAAAUGAUAUGGAAAUCUUUAAAACUAUAAUUGCAACACUGUCUUAAAAUUGCAAUUAAACCAUUGCAAUUUAUAGAAAUUUAAAGUGAAAAAUAUGGGGGAAGGGGCUAUAAUACAAACUUUUUUUCAGAUUUCACAAUUUUGAGAAGGUGCAAGCAAGUCAGAGUUUAUCUUGCAGUUCUGAGAAAAAACUAAACAAAACUUAAACUUUAGAAUUGCAAGAAACAAAGUCAAAAUUGUGAGAAAGCUUAAAGAUUUUUUGAAGAAUUACAACUUAAUUUUUCCCAUUUAAAGUUUUCUUUUUCUCUGAAACAUAACCCAGAAAAUAAAGGCAAUAGCAAAAUCUUUUAAUAUUGUGAAUUUUUUUGUGAUCGUAUCUCGCUCUAUUUGAAAGUUAAAGGGAAAAUAUGGUGAGAAAACUAUAAUACACGCUCAGAAAUCUGACUUUUUUCACAGAAAUUUACAAUUUGGAGAAAUUUUUUUUUUGGAAAAGUCAAGAGUAUAUCUUGCAAAACUAAACAAUAAAAACUGGC